UUUUUCCUUUUUUGUAAUUAAAUAUUUAAUAAAAUUGUGUGCAGGAAUGCGUAAAAAAAAAUUCAUACGCAUUGUCGCUAAAUGACUUCAUUUACUUAAAACUGAAACGAAAAAACCUUUGAAAUUGCAAGAAAAAGUGACAACGAAAAAAUUCGAGAAAUGGAUGUUGAGAUACCUGUUUUGGCUGGAUAUCUAAACGUACCUUCGCAAUCGGGAUUCGCAUUGAAUUUAAUCUCAAAAAAAAAAUCAUGUCAAAAAUACUGCCUAUUGUUUAAAUCCAGUCGACAUGGCAUCGAACGUUUGGAAAUUUGUGAGUCUAUGGAAGAUAAGCAUCCAAAAAUAAUUACCUUAGAGAAUUGUGUGAAAAUUACACAAGAGCCUGCCCCAAUUAACCUUAUUCAUAUAGUUAAAAAGACGGGAACACUUACAUUGAAUACUCACAGUGAAGAUGACCUAAAGGAAUGGGUCGGUGCCUUACAAAAAGUUGCCUUUCGUGAUAAAAAUGAAAUUCUUCCGUCUCUUGCUGUUAUUGAAGAAGACAAUGACCUAUAUUGCAGUUCGUACGGUGAUGGGCUAUUCAUUGUUACUCUUAUAGCAUCGGACGCCUCAAAUCGCUGCAAUAUUGAGCCUAAAGUUUAUAUGCUACAUCUUUCGGCAACUGAGUUACAACUGAAAUCCGCAGAAGAUAUAAAUAAUACAAUAGCAACAUGGCCAUAUAGAUUUAUAAGAAAAUAUGGAUAUCGAGAUGGGAAAUUUACUUUCGAAGCGGGACGCAAGUGUUCAACGGGCGAAGGUGUGUUCAUAUUAGAUCACACAAAUCCACAAGAAGUAUUUCGUUGCAUGUCUUCGAAAAUGAAAUCAAUGAAGAAACUAAUAUCUGGAGAUUCUGUUAAUAACAUUGAAUGUGGCGAAAAUCAAUUGAAUAUCGCUGCAUCUAUGGAAGCAGGAUCGCGGAGUCCACUGCCACCAUCGCCAUCUAAUCAACAUGGAUCGGAAUUUGACAUUAGUUCCACACAAAGUUGUCUAUCUAUGCGUAUUAAAUCGUCUUCCGAUUCAUUAAGCAGUUGCAGCACCGGAAUUAUUGCAACACCAAAAAUUAUUCCAAACAAACCGCCACGCAAGACCGGUCUUUUAACUGACAAAAUAAUUUCCACCAUUUCGCAGCAAGCGACUCUUAACGCCCAACAGCAUAAUAACGAUAAAUUCAAAAAACAAUAUAAUAAUUAUGAUCCAGUAUCGAUUACAACCUCGGUUGAUCCAAAUAAAACAAUUGGCUCGACAGUAAUUAUAAAGCCACCUUCACCAAAUAUGUAUCGAAAAAUUUGUAAUUUCAAUAGUGGAGCUCCCGAUUUACCUGUACGCAACGAUAUGAUGGCAAAAUCACAAAUUCACAAUGAACGCGAUUAUGAAAGUAUUGAGACUAUAACUGAUGCUUGGAAGACAUUGGGAAUUGACGAAAUUAAACAUACCGAAAGACAUUCUAGUGUACCAAAUGAUGAGGAUUUAAUAGAUUUCGUUUGGCAACGUUCACAAUCGCAACGAGAGAAAACUCAAUCAAAGGAAGCGCUUCCCAUCGUUAAAACUCCAAAAAUUAUUGAUAUUGACAUUGGCGAGAGUAAUGGUAAUGGACUGCCAUCGACAGUGGAUAUAACUUAUGAUCGACUUAAUUUUCUCUCGGCGAACAAUAAAGCAUCGAGCGGUUAUAAAACAAUUGUUACUGUUGCCGCCGCCGCUGCUUCUCGUCCACGCUCUACUUCGACGCCACAAAAUGACUACGAGUUUAUCGAUGUUCUUGAUGUUCACUCUUAUCGCAAGGCUGAUGAUACACACUUAGGCUAUGGUGUGCUUAAAAAAGCAUCUAAUGCAAAAUUAUCAACGACAUCACAAACACUGACAAACAAUGCAAAUUCUUCACUUACUGCCACUGAAUCGAUUCAUCACCCAACCGUUCCAACGGAAGUUAAUGUGCUAGAUCAUCAUAAUUGUAACGGUCUCAAUUACACUAUUGUUAGUAAACCUACUAUUGUUAGUAAACCGAAAAGGGUUUAAUACAUGGUCAUUGCGAAAUUUUUUAUAAAACUGUGCUUCCAUAAAAAUUAUAUUAGGUUUUGAAUCUGUGAUUAUUUGUCUU